UAUGCACUUCAAAUAAUUCGUUCUAAGUAAUACUCCGAUAAACUUCGACUAAUGUAUAUAAUUGUCGGGAUAUUCAAAAUAUCUGCAGUUUUAAACAAUACAUCAUAAGUUUCUGUGCGUAACGGGGAUAAGAAGAAAAUUUUUAACUAGUGCGAGGAUUAUAAUGAAAGGCGCAGGAAUCACUUUGAUCUGCGCGAUAACACUUGUCCAAGGGAAUGUAGUGAAAAUAAAUAAAAAUGGAUGUCCCUUGGACGAAACGGAAGAAAAGUUACUUGAGCAUAAUAAUUGUAACAAAUUCUAUCAAUGUGUCAAAGGAGAAUUAGUGGAGCACACCUGCCCAAAUGAUUUACUUUUCAAUAUAAAUACUGACCAGUGCGAUUGGCCUAAAAAUGUUGUUUGUGGCCAUAGAGUUAUACCAGACGACGAAGAUAACAACAAUGGCGAAAACGGUGGAGGUGGCGAAAACAACAACAGUAAUUGCAAAUGCAAUCCAAGUGAGGCAUCAAACAUAUGCGCUGCUAAAGACUCUAAUGGACUACUGGUAGCGCAUGAAAAUUGCAAUCAGUUUUACAAAUGUUUUAAUGGUGUACCAGUUGCUCAGAAUUGCCCUCUCGGUUUGCUGUACAACCCGUACAGAGAACAAUGUGAUUGGCCCCAAAAUGUAAAUUGUGGCGAUAGACCAAUCCCAGAGAGUGAAGACAAAGAUGAUGGGGAUGACAAAAACGAAGGUGGUUGUAACGAAAGCGGAAGUGGAGAUGGUGCUGGAGGUGGAGGAGGUGGGAACGACGGUACUUGCAAUUGCAAUCCAGGAGAAGCACCCUCUAUCUGCAGUGGGCCAGGGUCGAACGGAGUAUUAAUUGCUCACGAAAAUUGCAAUCAGUUUUACAAAUGUUACAACGGAGCACCAGUUGCCAUGAGUUGUCCAGGCAAUCUCCUCUACAAUCCCCAUUCAGAACAGUGCGAUUGGCCAGAUGCAGUUACCUGUGGCGACAGGGUGAUCCCAGAUGGCAACGAAUCGGGAGGGGGUGACGGAAACGGCAACGGAAACGGUAAUGGUGAUGGAGGCGCUGGUGGUGGAGGAGGUGGUGGAGGAGGCGGCGGAGGCGGCGGCGGAGGCAGUGGCGGAAACAACGGCACUUGCAAUUGUAAUCCAGAAGAAGCACCCUCUAUCUGCAGUGGGCCAGGGUCGAACGGAGUCUUAAUUGCUCACGAAAAUUGCAAUCAGUUUUACAAAUGUUUCAACGGAGCACCAGUUGCCAUGAGUUGUCCUGGCGAUUUGCUCUACAACCCCUAUUUGGAUCGAUGUGACUGGCCAAAUUCAGUUAACUGUGGAGACAGAGUAAUCCCAGAAGACUGCGAAACUGAAGGUGGUGGCAAUGGAAAUGGUGAUGGUAAUGGCAAUGGCAACGGUGACGUAGGCGCCGGUGGUGGAGGUGGCGGCGGAGGCAGUGGCGGAAACAACGGCACUUGCAAUUGUAAUCCAGGAGAAGCACCCUCUAUCUGCAGUGGGCCAGGGUCGAACGGAGUCUUAAUUGCUCACGAAAAUUGCAAUCAGUUUUACAAAUGUUUCAACGGAGCACCAGUUGCCAUGAGUUGUCCUGGCGAUCUGCUCUACAACCCCUAUUUGGAACGAUGCGACUGGCCAAAUGCAGUUAACUGUGGAGACAGAGUAAUCCCAGAAGACUGCGAAACUGAAGGUGGUGGCAAUGGAAAUGGUGAUGGUAAUGGCAAUGGCAACGGUGACGGAGGCUCCGGUGGUGGAGGCGGUGGUGGAAACGAUGGCACUUGCAAUUGUAAUCCAGGAGAAGCACCCUCUAUCUGCAGUAGACCAGGGUCGAACGGAGUCUUAAUAGCUCACGAAAAUUGUAAUCAGUUUUACAAAUGUUACAACGGAGCACCAGUUGCCAUGAAUUGUCCUGGGAAUCUUCUCUACAAUCCCCAUUCAGAACAGUGCGAUUGGCCAGAUGCAGUUACCUGUGGCGAUAGGGUGAUCCCAGAUGGAAACGAAUCGGGAGGAGGUGACGGAAACGGCAACGGCAACGGAAACGGUAAUGGUGAUGGAGGCGCUGGUGGUGGAGGAGGUGGUGGAGGUGGCGGCGGAGGCAGUGGCGGAAACAACGGCACUUGCAAUUGUAAUCCAGGAGAAGCACCCUCUAUCUGCAGUGGGCCAGGGUCGAACGGAGUCUUAAUUGCUCACGAAAAUUGCAAUCAGUUUUACAAAUGUUUCAACGGAGCACCAGUUGCCAUGAGUUGUCCUGGCGAUCUGCUCUACAACCCCUAUUUGGAACGAUGCGACUGGCCAAAUGCAGUUAACUGUGGAGACAGAGUAAUCCCAGAAGACUGCGAAACUGAAGGUGGUGGCAAUGGAAAUGGUAAUGGCAAUGGCAACGGUGACGCAGGCGCCGGUGGUGGAGGCGGUGGUGGAAACGAUGGCACUUGCAAUUGUAAUCCAGGAGAAGCACCCUCUAUCUGCAGUGGACCAGGGUCGAACGGAGUCUUAAUAGCUCACGAAAAUUGUAAUCAGUUUUACAAAUGUUACAACGGAGUACCAGUUGCCAUGAAUUGUCCUGGGAAUCUUCUCUACAAUCCCCAUUCAGAACAGUGCGAUUGGCCACAUGCAGUUACCUGUGGCGACAGGGUGAUCCCAGAUGGCAACGAAUCGGGAGGAGGUGACGGAAACGGCAACGGCAACGGAAACGGUAAUGGUGAUGGAGGCGCUGGUGGCGGAGGAGGUAGUGGAGGUGGUGGCGGAGGCAGUGGCGGAAACAACGGCACUUGCAAUUGUAAUCCAGGAGAAGCACCCUCUAUCUGCAGUGGGCCAGGGUCGAACGGAGUCUUAAUUGCUCACGAAAAUUGCAAUCAGUUUUACAAAUGUUUCAACGGAGCACCAGUUGCCAUGAGUUGUCCUGGCGAUCUGCUCUACAAUCCCUAUUUGGAACGAUGCGACUGGCCAAAUGCAGUUAACUGUGGAGACAGAGUAAUCCCAGAAGACUGCGAAACUGAAGGUGGUGGCAAUGGAAAUGGUGAUGGUAAUGGCAAUGGCAACGGUGACGCAGGCGCCGGUGGUGGAGGCGGUGGUGGAAACGAUGGCACUUGCAAUUGUAAUCCAGGAGAAGCACCCUCUAUCUGCAGUGGACCAGGGUCGAACGGAGUCUUAAUAGCUCACGAAAAUUGUAAUCAGUUUUACAAAUGUUACAACGGAGCACCAGUUGCCAUGAAUUGUCCUGGGAAUCUUCUCUACAAUCCCCAUUCAGAACAGUGCGAUUGGCCAGAUGCAGUUACCUGUGGCGACAGGGUGAUCCCAGAUGGCAACGAAUCGGGAGGAGGUGACGGAAACGGUAAUGGUGAUGGAGGCGCAGGUGGUGGAGGUGGCGGCGGAGGCAGUGGUGGAAACAACGGCACUUGCAAUUGUAAUCCAGGAGAAGCACCCUCUAUCUGCAGUGGGCCAGGGUCGAACGGAGUCUUAAUUGCUCACGAAAAUUGCAAUCAGUUUUACAAAUGUUUCAACGGAGCACCAGUUGCCAUGAGUUGCCCUGGCGAUCUGCUCUACAACCCCUAUUUGGAACGAUGCGAUUGGCCAAAUGCAGUUAACUGUGGAGAAAGAGUAAUCCCAGAAGACUGCGAAACUGAAGGAGGUGGCAAUGGAAAUGGUAAUGGUAAUGACAAUGGCAACGGUGACACAGGCGCCGGUGGUGGCGGCAGUGGCGGAAACAACGGCACUUGCAAUUGUAAUCCAGGAGAAGCACCCUCUAUCUGCAGUGGGCCAGGGUCGAACGGAGUAUUAAUUGCUCACGAAAAUUGCAACCAAUUUUAUAAAUGUUUUAACGGCAUUCCUACGAUACAAUCUUGUCCAUCUAACCUUUUGUAUAACCCUCAAUCUGAACAAUGUGAUUGGCCUAAUUAUGUCGUUUGCGGCGAUAGGAUAAACCCAAUUGAGGACAACAAUGACAAUGACAAUACCGAUGGUGAAAACAUUCCAAUAGAAGUUAUUGAAAUUUGUGCUUCAGAUUUAUCUGAUUCAGUUUACAUUGCACAUCAAAAUUGCAAUCAAUUUUAUGUUUGUAUUCAAAAGAAACCUGUAGUUCUAACUUGUCCUGCAAAUCUAUUUUAUGAUCCCAAAACAAACCAGUGCGAUUGGUCUUACAAUGUAGAUUGUGGAAUUCGCAGCCAUUAAGAGAACUCCUAUGAAAUAUAUGUACUGGAUAUGAAUACGAUUCUGUUUUAUAGAUCUCAUAAUUGUGAAUAAAGCAGACGAAGAAAAA